AUGGAGGGCUCGAAACCAGAGCACUACGACGUCGUUGUAGUCGGCUCCGGCAAUGCCGGCUUCUCGGCCGCCUCUGCCGCUAAAGAGCACAACCAUUCGCUACGCGUACUCGUUCUGGAAAAGGCACCCUCAUCCUGGGCUGGCGGUAAUUCCACGUUCACCGCGGGUGCCUAUCGCACAGUGUUCAAAGGUCUCGAAGAUGUGCUUCCCAUCGUGCACAAUGUCACACCGGAUCUGGCCAAGCGAAUAGACAUGACGCCGUACACCGAGCAGGAUUUUAUGGACGAUCUGCAGCGGGUGACAGGGGGACGCACUGAUCCUCAUCUAGCGAAUGAGUUAGUGAACCAAAGCAAUGACACGACCAAGUGGCUGGCCCGGAACGGAAUCAAGUUUCGCCUGAGCUUCGAACGGCAAGCCUAUGAAAUUGAGGGGAGGUUCAAGUUUUGGGGUGGAAUGGUGCUGAAUGUGGUCGACGGGGGGAAAGGCCUUACCCUGCAACACCAAACCAACGCUGUCAAGCGUGGCAUCGAAGUGCGGUACGAGAGUCCCGUCGUGGGCUUAAUCAGAAGUGACGUUGAUGAAGUCCUCGGUGUGACGGUUCGUUCCUCCUCUGGCUCAACAUACCCAAUCCUAGCUACAGGUGGCGUGAUUCUCUGCGCCGGUGGCUUCGAAGCCAACGCCUCUAUGCGAGCUGCAAAUCUAGGUCCGGGGUGGGACAAAGCCUACGUUCGCGGCACGCCGCAUAACACGGGCGAAAUGCUCAAGAUGGCGAUCGAUGCAGGCGCAAAAGCCGUAGGCAACUGGUCCGGCUGUCACUCAACGUGCUGGGACGCCAAUGCGCCCACCGAUGCCGGCGACCAACAGCUCACCAAUCAAUUCACCAAAUCUGGCUAUCCACUCGGCCUCAUGAUCAACACUGAUGGUGACCGCUUCGUCGACGAAGGCCUCGACAUGCGCAACUAUACGUAUGCGAAGUUUGGGCGCGCAAUCUUACAGCAACCCAAUGGUCUAGCCUUCCAGGUCUGGGACGCGACUGGUACGGGUUGGCUGCGGAAGGAAGAAUACGCGCCAGAUGUUGUGGAGCGUAUUUCCGCCGACAGCAUCCAAGACUUAGCGAAGAACCUCACAGCCCGAGGCCUGAGUCGGCCAGAGACGUUUGUGCGGACGAUUGAAGAGUACAACCAAGCUGUCUCCGCUCACAGACAGGAGAAUCCUAGCGUUAUCUUCGAUCCGUCAAAGAAGGACGGUCUCUCUACGCGUUCAUCUAAGGGUGGUCUUGAGCUCGACAAGACGAAUUGGGCGCUUCCGUUGACGAAAGCUCCCUUCUUAGCUGUCAAGGUGACGUGCGGCGUCACGUUUACGUUCGGUGGUGUCAAGGCGGACCCCAAGACAGCAGCGGUGGUUUCUGAAUACAACGAGCAGGCAAUUCCUGGCCUUUUUGUUGCUGGAGAGAUGCUGGGAGGGCUGUUCUAUGACAAUUAUCCCGGGGGGAGCGGGUUGACGAGUGGUGCUGUUUUUGGACGGAAAGCAGGGAGAGCUGCAGCAGAGCGAGCCAGCGAGAAGAAAACCUCGGCGAAACUGUGA